AUGACUGACACCCGGCGGAGGGUGAAGGUUUACACGCUAAACGAGGAUCGCCAGUGGGAUGAUCGAGGCACAGGGCAUGUGUCCUCUUGCUACGUGGAGAGGCUCAAGGGCAUGUCCCUGCUAGUCAGGGCAGAGAGUGAUGGCUCUCUUCUUUUGGAGUCCAAAAUUAAUCCGAACACUGCGUACCAGAAGCAACAGGAUACCUUGAUUGUGUGGUCUGAAGCUGAAAAUUAUGAUUUGGCACUUAGCUUUCAAGAAAAAGCAGGAUGUGAUGAAAUAUGGGAAAAAAUAUGUCAGGUUCAAGGCAAAGACCCUUCUGUCGACAUCACUCAGGACCUUGUGGACGAAUCUGAGGAAGAACGUUUCGAUGAUAUGUCAUCACCAGGGCUAGAAUUGCCAUCUUGUGAGUUGAGUCGACUAGAAGAAAUUGCAGAACUCGUGGCAUCUUCACUGCCUUCCCCAUUGCGUCGGGAAAAACUCGCACUAGCGCUGGAAAACGAGGGUUAUAUUAAGAAGCUCUUAGAAAUUUUUCAUGUGUGCGAAGACUUGGAGAACAUUGAAGGACUACACCACUUAUAUGAAAUUAUCAAGGGAAUUUUCCUUUUGAACAGAACUGCACUUUUUGAAGUCAUGUUUUCCGAGGAAUGUAUAAUGGACGUAAUUGGAUGCCUAGAAUAUGAUCCGUCUUUAUCACAGUCACGGAAACACAGGGAAUUUCUGACUAAAACAGCAAAAUUUAAAGAGGUGAUACCUAUAUCUGAUCCAGAGCUGAAGCAAAAAAUACAUCAGACAUACAGAGUACAGUACAUUCAAGAUAUGGUUCUACCCACUCCCUCAGUUUUUGAGGAAAAUAUGCUAUCAACACUUCAUUCUUUCAUCUUUUUUAAUAAAGUGGAAAUAGUUGGUAUGUUACAGGAAGAUGAAAAAUUUCUGACAGACUUGUUUGCACAACUAACAGAUGAAGCCACAGAUGAGGAGAAAAGGCAGGAAUUGGUAAAUUUUCUGAAAGAGUUCUGUGCAUUCUCACAAACACUGCAGCCUCAAAACAGAGAUGCAUUUUUCAAAACCUUGUCAAAUAUGGGCAUACUGCCUGCACUAGAAGUCAUAUUGGGUAUGGAUGAUGCACAAGUUCGAAGCGCAGCCACUGAUAUCUUCUCAUAUUUGGUUGAAUACAACCCAUCCAUGGUACGAGAGUUUGUAAUGCAGGAAGCACAGCAGAAUGAUGAUGAUAUAUUACUCAUUAACCUCAUUAUAGAACACAUGAUUUGUGACACAGAUCCAGAACUUGGAGGGGCAGUGCUGCUCAUGGGUUUGCUUCGUACUUUAGUUGAUCCAGAAAACAUGCUUGCCACUGCCAACAAAACAGAAAAGACAGAGUUCUUGGGUUUCUUCUACAAACAUUGUAUGCAUGUUCUGACAGCCCCUUUAUUGGCCAAUACUACAGAGGACAAGCCUAGCAAAGAUAGCAUUUUUGGUACAAACUUUUAUCAAGGCACUAUAUGUUUAACUGGUUUGCUUUUGUUUCCUGUUACAGAUGAUUUUCAGACAGCCCAGCUCUUGGCACUGAUACUGGAACUGCUAACUUUCUGUGUAGAACAUCACACCUACCACAUCAAGAACUACAUCAUUAACAAAGACAUCCUGCGAAGGGUUCUCGUCCUCAUGGCCUCGAAGCAUGCUUUCUUGGCAUUGUGUGCCCUUCGUUUCAAGAGGAAGAUAAUUGGGCUAAAGGAUGAAUUCUACAACCGUUACAUAAUGAAAAGUUUUCUGUUUGAACCUGUGGUCAAAGCAUUUCUAAACAAUGGUUCCCGUUACAACCUGAUGAACUCUGCCAUCAUAGAGAUGUUCGAGUUUAUCAGAGUGGAAGAUAUAAAAUCAUUAACAGCUCAUGUAAUUGAAAAUUACUGGAAGGCACUGGAAGAUGUAGAUUAUGUGCAGACAUUCAAAGGACUGAAACUACGAUUUGAGCAGCAAAGGGAAAGACAAGAUAAUCCAAAACUUGACAGCAUGCGCUCCAUUUUGAGAAACCACAGAUACAGAAGGGAUGCAAGGACCCUGGAGGAUGAGGAGGAGAUGUGGUUCAACACCGAUGAGGAUGAUAUGGAGGAUGGAGAGGCAGUGGUGCCCCCUUCUGACAAACCGAAAAACGAUGAGGAUAUUAUGGACCCUAUCAGUAAAUUCAUGGAAAGGAAAAAAUUGAAAGAGAGUGAAGAAAAGGAAGUUCUUCUGAAAACUAACCUUUCAGGUCGUCAGAGCCCAAGUUUCAAGCUUUCUUUUUCCAGUGGUACAAAAUCUAACCUUCCCAGCCAGUCAUCUGCAAGUAAUCUGCCUGGAUCCCCUGGGUCUCCUGGGUCUCCAGGGUCCCCUGGGUCACCAGGAUCAGUCUCUAAAAGCACAUCUCAGAUGGCAGCUAUUACAACUAAGGGAGGCCUCGUUGGGCUUGUAGAUUAUCCUGAUGAUGAUGAAGAGGACGAUGAAGAUGAAGAUAAAGAGGAAACUUUACCUUUGUCAAAGAAAGCAAAGCUUGAGUCAUCAUAAUGGCAACUGCUGAAGAACAUCACCGGUUGGGGAAGGAUGUUUUAUCCAAAAAGAAAACAAACCCACAGCAAAGCAGCAAUCUUUUGUGAAUUCCUGUGUGUGACACAGAGCAACCUAUACAAAUGGAUUUCUGCCAAUCAAGUGCCAAUUCAAAGGAGCAGAAGAAGGAGAAGGACUUCUUUAGCGGAAAGACUUGACGCCUUUGAGCUCUCCAGCUUGGACCACACGUUGCCCUUUUCUCAGGGAAGGAAAUGGAAAACAAAACAAAACAAAAAAAAAAAGCCAACAGGGCAGGAGUUUUGUCAGUGGAACUCUGGAUUGGCUGGUCAGUUGCUACAAUCAGAAUAUGUUUUCUUGGACCAUGUAUGAGACUUCUGAAGAAGAGGCAGGGUUUGCCACAAUUCUUCACUGUUAAGAAUGCCAGCAGUUUCUUUGUAUAAAAGAGACCUGCCUUUGAAACCAUACAUUCUGAACGUUUUACUCAAGCUACAACAGGUUUUAAAAACCUCUGCGGGGGAAGGGCCGAAUAGAAAGUUUCCUCUUUUUUUUAAAAUCUGUUCCCUUUGCCCUUUAAACUGCAGAAUUUUUUUUCGAAGUGGGGGAUUUGUUUGUCCCUUCUUGAUUAAAGAUUGAGUGGAAUUC